AUGGCGGAGCUGCUGCAGAAGAAGCUCCAGGGGGAGCUGGAGAAAUAUCAGCAGUUACAGAAAGAGCUGGGCCGGGCGGUGGCGGCGCGGCAGAAACUGGAGACGCAGCUGACGGAGAACAACAUCGUGCAGGAGGAGCUGAACCUGCUGGAUGAAUCCAACACCAUUUUUAAGCUUGGGCCCGUUUUGGUCAAGCAGGAUCUGGAGGAGGCCAAAAGCACCGUGGGGAAACGGCUGGAGUACAUCACCGGGGGAGAU